AUGAAUUAGAAUCCUCAAACAUCUUAAAUAAGAUACUAAAAUGUAAGACUUAUGUAAAUUACUCCUGCAUUUUUUGAAUAUUAAGCUAUUUAUAAAGGAAAUAAAAGAGAAGUAAGAUUAAAAAUAUAAAACUCUAUCAAUUAAAAUAUAUUGUAAGAAGAAACCGAUAAAUUGUUACAACUGUAAGAUAUUGAAGGUAUUCCAGAAGUGAUAGAUUAUGGUAAUAAUAAUGAUUAAAGGUAUUUAAUAAUAAAAUGUAGAUAUUUUUUGGCUACUUAGAAUUUAGGUCCAUCAUUAAGUUAGAUUCUUAAAGCAAAUGGAUAGAUGUCAUAAAAAAGUAUUUUACUAAUUGGCAUUUAAUUGAUAAAACUAAUUUAGAAAAUACAUGAUAAAAAUUUAAUUGUAUGUAAUUUAAUGCCCUAAUCAUUAUGUAUGGGUUUUGAUGCAGAUGAUAAACUAAUAUAUUUAAAAGACUUAUCCUUUUUAUAAAGUAAUGAAGUUUAAAAUAAAUGUAUAAAAUUUCCAAUCAAAGAUGGUAAUUUUUUAAGUCCAAUGCUAAGUGUUGAUAGAAAACCUAAUAAAAUUGAUGAUCUUUAUAGUUUAACAUACUUAUUAAUAUAUCUUAAUAAUGGUAAUUAAAUAAUUACUAUUUAUAGGUACUUUACCUUGGCAAUCAGGUGAUUCUAUAAUUAAUGAAUAAUAAUUUUAAGAAUUUUAAAUGAAUAAAUUAAAAGUUACAUUUGAUAAAUAAUUUUUGGAUUAAGAAUCAUCAAUUUAUGGUGAAUGGAUUAAGUAUUUAAAAACUUUAAAAUAACAUUAACAUCCAAAUUAUACUUAUCUAAAAAAUAUUCUAAUUUCUAAAAUUUAUGAAAAUGGAUGGAAAAUUAAUGACUAAAUUGAUUAUAGAUCUGAUUUAAUAAAUAAUAGUUCUAAAUCAAUUAUUUCUAUUAAAAGUAGAAGCAGAGGAACUUCUAUUACAAAAACUCCUGUUUAAAGAAUGAUAGAUGUUUUAAGUCCAAUAAAAGAAGUUGACAAAGAAUUUGAGUUAGCUCAAUCAACUUAAAAGAAAGCAGACUUUUAGAUUUUUUAAUAGUUUAUAAACUUAAGAGAAUAAAUAGAUGAUUAAUAUCAGUUAGAAAAUAAUAUAAGUUUUACUUCUUAAGGAUAGAAUGAAUGUGAAAUAUGGAAAAAGAUGGAAAAAUUAGAUAAAUUAUCAAAACCUAUUAAAAUGAUGUACAAAUAUGAAAAAAUAUGA